AUUUGUGUUACUUUUGCUGCAGAUGUUACUUUAUCCACGCUGUCUUCUCGCAAUAGAUCUCCUAGGAGUGUUAGUGACAAAGAUAGCCCACGUUCUGUGUUUUUGGAUCGCAGUUCAUCGUCGAAUUCUAGGCGUAGUUCUAGUGGUACUAGUUCGAAGCAUCCGUACAGUAGCUUUAAUAGAAGUCAUCGUGAUAAAAAUCGUGAAAGAGAGAAAGAAAGAUCAGGUACUGUUGAUCUGUGGGAUCAUGACUCAUCUGAUCCUCUGGGGAAUAUUUUAGCCGUUAGAGUUGAUAAGAACAGCUUGAGGCGCUCUCAGUCACUGGUGUCCAGGAAACCUGGCGAGUUCUUGCCCCGUAGGACUGAGGAUUUGAAAGGUGGUAUUAGUAGCACCCAUAACAGUGGUAAUGGUAUUCAUUCUGGGGGAAGUAGUUUUAAUGGUAGCCAGAAGGCGACAUUUGAGAAAGACUUCCCUUCUCUUGGGAUUGAAGAAAGGCAAGUCACCAGAGUUUCAUCUCCUGGGUUGAGCUCAGCAGUUCAGAGUUUGCCAAUUGGAAACUCAGCUUUGCUUGGUGCUGAUAAAUGGACCUCUGCAUUGGCAGAGGUGCCUCCUAUAAUUGGCAGCAUCAGUAUGGGGAGCUCAGCUUCUCAACAAAGUAUUGCUGCAGCUCCAACAACUAGCGCAUCGAGUGGGAUGGCUAGUCUUAACAUGGCUGAAGCAUUGUCACAAGCACCGCCACGUGUCCGUGCCACCACCCAGAUCCCUGAUAAGACACAGAGGCUGGAGGAAUUAGCUAUAAAGCAAUCCAGACAGUUGAUACCUGUGAUACCUUCAACGCCUAAAGCCUUGGUUUCCAGUUCUGCUGAUAAAUCUAAGCAACCAAAAGCCACAGCUAGGGCAAAUGAGAUGGUUGGCUUAGCUAAGAGUAUGCAACAACCUUUUUCCACUCAACUUGCAAAUCAGCCCCGUAGUGGACAAGUCAGAUCGGAAGCUCCAGCUACCUCUCAUGGCAAAACUCUUCUGGUUCUGAAGCCAGGACGGGAAAAUGGUGUCACCUCUUUAUCAAAAGAAGCACUGAAUCCAGCUAACAAUACUGGCGGUAGAUUAGCUAAUUGCUCUCCUGCAGUGGCUCCUUCAGCUCCUGCUUUGACCAGUCCAACUUCGAGGGUGACUUCCCUUGAAUCUAAAGCUGCUACAUUGUCGCUGAAAGCACGAUCUACUGCAGAGAAGAGAUCUUCUCUGUCUCAAGCCCAAAGCAGGAGUGAUUUUUUCAAUCUAAUGAGGAAGAAGACUUCAUUAAAUUCUUCUACUGUCCUUUCAGACUCUGGUAUGGCUUCAUCUGACAGUAGUGAGCAAUCUGGUAUUAAAACUAAAGAUGAGGAUAGUGCCUCAUUGAGUCCUUGUGUUUCUGAAAAUGGAAGUGAGAGAACCAGCAAUGGAGACACUCAUGAAUCUCAGAACCAUGUUCAAAGCCAUAAUGGUAUUGAGGAGAACAACUCAUCCAUAAAUGGAGCGCUAUAUCCAGAUGAGGAAGAGGCUGCUUUCCUACGUUCUCUUGGUUGGGAUGAAAAUGCUGGGGAAGACGAAGGCCUGACAGAGGAAGAAAUUAAUGCAUUUUAUCAGGAGUAUAUGAAACUGAAGCCUUCCUUGAAGGUGUACAAAGGUGCCCAGCCAAAGUGUUUGAUGCUGCCUGAGAUGCAUGUUGCUACUAAUCGUGGACCUGCUUCUUCCGAGUCGACUUCUUCUGAAUCUGAUGCUUGAAUAUAAUUUCGCACGUAUGGAUGCAUACAAUUGGGUUUGUCAAGAGAUACAUCUCUUCUUUUUGUGAUCUAUUUUGUUUUGGAGCAUCUCUGAUGCAUGUUAACAAGUGGAGGGUGGCUUUUGGAAUUUUGAAGUUCAGAGAAGAGAAAUAAGUUAGUCUGCUGGUGUCCUACUGGCUCAAAAGUAAGCUAAGGUAUCAAAGGUAGCGUUUUAUAAGUAGAGUUUAGGAAAAUGUUAGUCUGCAGUGGAUGAUGCUGGGCAAAUUGCUUCUUUUUGGAAAUUUUUUGUGCUUUUCCUUUCCAGUAUCAAUUGAAAAGGAAAGAGAAGGUUUUACGUUGUUUUGGUCAAUUUUACGGGGAAGAAGGAAAAUUGCAAAGUUCAUUAUAGAAUUUUCUUUUCAGUCGUAAUCGCAAAGCUCGUGUUGAUAUAAUCCUAUCUAUAUUUUUGUCUUUAACUGUUUGGCUAA